CUCCCAGGAUCUGCUGAGCCAUCAGACCACAACAUAUAUAUCCUAUUGAACUUUUUUCUCUCUGGGGCUCACCAGUCUUUCCAGUUCUUCUUCCAAGUGUACUGCCCUCUUCUUCUCUCAUAGCGUGAGAACACACUAAACCGCCAAGAUGUCAGAAAAAAAGAUGACCUCCAGCCGUAGGCAUCAUCUGAAGAGCCUGCUGCUCUCCAUUGCCUUCGGUCUAAUGGACGCUGAAGCCAAGCAGCUUGUUGUUAGUAAGGAGGCUCACAUGAGUGAACACUGCCCUGCUCUCGAUCUGCCUGGAUCCACGCAAGAGCUGCAGGAGCUGUGCAAGAAGCUUCACCAACAGAUCGACAACAUUGAUGAGGAGAGAUAUGACUUGGAGGCAAAGGUUGCCAAGUCAAACAAGGAGAUCGAGGAUCUGAAGAUCAAGGUGGUCGACCUGCAGGGCAAGUUCAAGAAACCUGCGCUGAAGAAAGUGCGCAUGUCUGCUGACGCUAUGCUCCAGGCUCUGCUGGGCUCCAAACACAAGGUCUCCAUGGACCUGAGAGCCAACCUCAAACAAGUCAAGAAGGAGGUCAAAGAGGAGUCUGCAGAACAAGUCGGCGACUGGCGUAAGAACAUUGAGGAUAAGGCUGGUAUGGACGGCAGAAAGAAGAUGUUUGAGUCCGAGGCUUAAGAUGUAUUGUUUAUUCUCCAAUAUGUCUUAAAAAUUCUCCGGUAAACAUCUUUCUAUCCUGUGAACCUCCCGUUCCAAUAAAAAUAUUUUUCCUGGACUGUUUUGCACAUUGUACAUUGCUCCAGUGUUGAAUGGCAUGGCAUUAAAGAUUAGUGUAUACAUA